UCCUAUCUUCUUCUUGUUCGAAGAUGGCUUCCUCGGUUGCUACGUUGUCUACGUUCGGUUAAACUUCAAUAAUGCAAUCACUUAACCUUUUUUCAUGGAUUUUCCUUGUACUUUUUACGAGGUAUCUCUGCCUUGGAUUUUCCGGUGUGACCAGGAAUAUUAGCGAGUUGUUGACUUCCAAAGAUGCACUCGAAAAUCGUUUGAAAGAUUCCGGAGCUGAAUGGCCAUUUUGUGUUUUUUACAGAGAUCCGAAAAUUCCUCCAUCCAAGCUUGAGCAAAGCUUUUUAGAGUUUUUGAAUAGUUUAGCACAUGAUAAUCCUUACAAAGAAUGGAGCACUGUAGCAUUCAACCUUGACAAGGGAAUGUUAUCAUGGGAAGGCCACCCAGGUAUGGUUCCUCUUCUUCAGUGCUUCAUUGGAACAGCUUCUUCACCAUUGAGUUACCCAUCACCUGACAGACCCCAUAAAACAACCAGCUCAUUGAGAAAAUGGUUUGAAACUUUGAGGAGGAUGUUUUCCAAAAGACUGUCACCAUUCACUACAAAUCACCUAUCUCAGGAAGUUGGUAGUCAUAAAGGUUACACUUUAGUGGGAAUUCCUGGUCAGUUUUAUCACCAACAAAUAGAAAACACAUUUAAAAAGUUGGCUAAGAUUUGGGAGGAAAAGAUACAAGUGUUUGUUGUUAUUCCAUCCUCAGAUGUUGAGGAAUAUAUGAUUGAGGCAUACAACAUCAGCAAGGUUCCUGCCAUUGUAGUGUUCAACUCUCAAGAGUGGAAAGAAAAAGAAAAGUCUUCAUUAGUUUUACAAAGUGUUCUUGAAGUAGAAGAGAAAAGACUUCAAGUAAUGCUGGUCACCCUACACAGCCAAGCUUACCAAUUGAAUCUGGAUAAUUUCUUUGAUGAAGUGUUGGAGACAAAACAUCCACAGCUGCCCAUAGUGGUGUGUUUUUAUUCUCCAAGAAGUCCACGAACCCUUAAUUACUUGGAUGCUUUCCAUCGAUCAUAUGACACACUCACAAGAAUGAAACUCCAAGUGCGAUUUGCAAUGCUCAACAUCAUGAGUUACCCAGAAGUGAUAGCAAGAUAUGUGAUUGCAUCAGAUGUGUACGCUGUCCCUUUUACCGUCGUUUUCUGGCAGGAAAGAGAAUCAACUUCACAGAGGUUUAUAAUUAAACAACAAUUAUAUGACAAAGAUGUGCCCACUCCACUACUUCUUUAUGAAUUUCUGCAAACAUUGCCAGUUGUUGUGCUUCCCACCGCGCCAGAUGAUGAUGAUGAUGAUGUUGAUGAAGUCUUUAAUCCAUGGAAGGAAAGUGAUGACGCUAAGAAAGUGUGCAACCUUGAUAUAUCAGAAGACAAGUGUGUCGAAGGAGAUAACAGCACUGUUACAGAUUUUGAGCACAAUAACGUUAUGUUUGGACCUCCUUUACCUCCACCUUCCUGGCAGACAAAGGCUCAAGUUCAGAAGAAACAACAGAAAAAGCUUCAGUUUCAUUACGUGAAUGAUAAAACCUGGUCUUCUCUGGUUGAGCAAUCCGUUGGUCCAGUCAAGUCGUACACUACCGCAGCUUUUCCAACCAUGCAAACUUCUCGUCUGUUUUCUGUAUCUUUGAUUGUGUUUCUUCAAGAGGGCUGCAGCUACUGCAAUCAGGUUUUACCAACAAUUGAACGAAUAUCAUCGGACGCCAAGUAUUUAGGGGCGUCUGUGUUUGUACACAACUGUUCAACAGACCCUCUAACGUGUCAGCGGUAUGGCGUCACAGGCUUCCCAACGCUCACAGCUUUCCGCAGUCUGAGCUGGUCUGCAGUCGAGAGUUGUUCAAGUUCUCAUUCAACUUACAUCAGGCUGGACUACCACGGACCGAUAAUAGCAAAACUUGUACUAGAGUGGUUAUCCAACGUUAGUCAGCCGGCUGUGGAUAGAAGAUAUUUAUUCGACUCUAUUCCUGAAAUGGAUAUGGACGUCAGGUUGAUUGGCACGCUAUACACACGGACUCUUGCUCGCCGCUAUCUUGCCACAACUCUUGCCAACAAAUGGUACCCUUUUCACUGUUUUCAACUAGUUUGUGAGCUUCUCUAUGGUCGCGUACCUUGCUUUGCGAUUUACACCAGAGAUGUUGUUGAUGAUGGAAGUAAAACGAAAGCAAAAGAUCAAGAUCUUGUGCUAUCAAAGGUACACUUUACACUCUAUUAUUUACACCAAUAGAUUGGCUGCUCCGUAAUAGCCAUAACUAGUCUAAGGCGGGUCAGUAUAAUUAACAAUGGUAAUAGGACCGAGGGGAGAUUCUUAAAUUCAUACAUUUACAGAUACGAAAUGCCCAAGAACUUCAAAUGUGAAUACAACCACAAAAUAUGCACAGAUAUUGCUUUGCGCUUUGUUCAAGAUCACCGAAGACUUCCAGUUCUUCAUAUGACCUCAGCUGCGUUUCACACCAAGUUGGGAUCUGAAGAGAAUGCGAACUUCGAACCUUAUGCACACAACUUGCCCAUACUGUUCGCACUGGCACACAAGAACAACAUAUCGAAAGACAGCUCGUUUUAUAAGGAGCUCCUAGAAUCAGCUUACACAUUGUACAAUGAAAUGGUGUUUGUGACUUUGGAUAUAGACGAGUUUGCGCACUGGGCAAGUCGUUUUGUACCUCGAGAUUACCAUGCCAAGCAUGCUUUUGGUAAGACGCCUUUUUCCUUCUCUGAGUUGUACCACUAUCCUCGGCUAUGUAUCAUUCAACACGACGAUCAUCAACAUGCCGCUUUCUAUCCUCCUAUCGAAGAGCUACAUGGUAUGGGGACUAGAAUCCAGGCGCGGCUCAAUCAGAUAACUUCCCAGCAGAUUAUAAAAUUUGCUCAGGAUUACUUAAGGGAUCCUUCGGCGUUAAUUGUGAAAACGGAAUAUUUCUAAAUAUAUAUAAGACGAUUUUGAAAUACAAUGGAACCUAUUUUUUAACACCUCUUUCAGGGGCAUCCCUAUUCAAAGAACAGAACCUGUGGUCCCGAUUGUAAAAAUGUUUUCGUGGUUUUAGAAAGGGACAUCCCAAAUUCAGGGGACUCUUUUUGUAGUACCAAGGGUGCCCCCCUAAAUUGAGAUUAUUCGGUAUAUGUUAACUCUAUACAGGGGAUUUUUUUAUAGUCCUAGGGGUGCCCCUGAAAGUAGGUUCCACUUUAGCCUCAGGUAAAUUAUAAUGGCUAGGUUAUAAAAAUAUUGCUGAAACUUUACUCCUCUUCUGUGUAGUUUCAAUCUCAUGUACUUUCUUUAGGCAAUAUUCAAAGGACAUUUUUUUGCGCAAAGCACACGCAAUGUAAAUAAUCAAACAAUUCUGCUACUCCUUGUGAAAUAAGAUAUUUAUUUUUAUACGUAUUUAUUCAAGACGUAGCUUUAGUGGUUCAUAAUUUUUUUUACUCUGUAUCAAAUUAAACUGCGCUUUUUGUUU